GUCACAUUUCAGCCUCUGCUCUGAGAACUUACCCUGAGCAGCCUUAAUAGGCUAUUACGUCUCUGCAGCUGAGAUAUGAUCAUCUUAACUUACUUAUUUGUCCUGCUGUGGGAAGAAGUUCACGGAUGGGGAUUCAAGAACGGAAUUUUUCAUAACUCCAUAUGGCUUGAACAAGCAGCAGGUGUGUACCACAGAGAAGCGCGGGCUGGCAAGUACAAGCUCACCUACGCAGAAGCCAAGGCGGUGUGCGAAUAUGAAGGCGGCCGACUCGCCACCUACAAGCAAGUGGAGGCAGCCAGAAAAAUUGGAUUUCAUGUCUGUGCUGCUGGGUGGAUGGCCAAGGGCAGAGUUGGAUACCCCAUUGUGAAACCAGGGCCCAACUGUGGAUUUGGAAAAACUGGGAUUAUUGAUUACGGAAUCCGUCUUAAUAGGAGUGAAAGAUGGGAUGCCUAUUGCUACAACCCACAAGCAAAGGAGUGUGGUGGUGUUUUUACAGAUCCAAAGCGAAUUUUUAAAUCUCCAGGCUUCCCAAAUGAGUACGAUGAUAACCAGAUCUGUUACUGGCACAUUAGACUCAAGUAUGGUCAACGUAUUCACCUGAGCUUUUUGGACUUUGACCUUGAAGAUGACCCAGCUUGCUUGGCUGACUAUGUUGAAAUAUAUGACAGUUAUGAUGAUGUCCAUGGUUUUGUGGGAAGAUACUGUGGAGAUGAACUUCCAGAAGACAUCGUUAGCACAGGAAAUGUCAUGACCUUGAAGUUUCUCAGUGAUGCUUCAGUGACUGCAGGAGGUUUCCAAAUCAAGUAUGUUGCAGUGGAUCCGCUAUCCAAAUCCAGUCAAGGAAAAAACACAAGUACUACUUCUACCGGAAAUAAAAACAUCUUAGCUGGAAGAUUUAGCCAUUUAUAAAACAACAAAAAAGGACGCUCACUGUUUACAUUUGUAUCUUUUGGAACCCCUCUGAUCUCACUUUAAU